CAACGUCGCAAACAUCUCGAGGAGUGAAGGGGGGGGGGAGACGUGGCGGUGAGAUCAGGUGAAAUCUAUCGAGUUGCAGCUUUAUGUUCUGUGGUUGCAGUUGAUGAAUCGGAAAGCUUGAGAGGGUGUCGUAUUCGGGGGAAGGAAAGAAACAAUCGACGCGACAUCAUCGUCAAUCAUCGUCGAGAUGGCUGACAACGAGCAGAAGGCCUUACAACUGGUGGCGGAGGCCGAGAGGAAGUUGUCGUCGUCGAAGGGCUUUUUCGGCACUCUAUUCGGGAGUUCAUCGAAAGUUGAGGAAGCAGUAGAAUGUUACCAACGGGCGGCGAACAUGUUCAAGAUGGCAAAGAAAUGGAGUUCAGCAGGCAAAGCGUUUUACGACGCAGCAGAUUUACAUUCAAAGGCGGGUAGUCGUCAUGAUGCGGCUAAUAAUUACGUAGAUGCUGCCAAUUGCUUCAAAAAGUCUGAUACAAACGAGGCAAUCAGUUGCCUGUUGAAAGCUAUUGAGAUUUAUACUGACAUGGGUCGUUUUACGAUGGCAGCUAAACAUCAUCAAAGUAUAGCCGAAAUCUACGAAAGCGAAGCAGUUGAUUUGGAGCGCGCGGUACAUCAUUAUGAGCAAGCUGCGGACUACUUCCGUGGUGAGGAAAGUAACUCCUCUGCAAACAAGUGUCUUCUAAAAGUUGCGCAGUAUGCCGCGCAACUUGAGAAUUACGAUAAAGCCAUUCAGAUCUAUGAGCAGGUCGCUUCUGCGUCAUUAGAAAGUUCUUUACUAAAAUAUAGCGCCAAGGAAUACUUCUUUCGCGCUGCAUUAUGUCACUUGUGUGUGGAUUCGUUAAAUGCUCAACAUGCGAUUGAGCGUUAUCAGGAACAGUAUCCUGCUUUUCAAGACGCUAGAGAAUACAAACUGAUAAAGACAUUGAUAGAGCAUUUGGAGGAUCAGAAUCUAGAAGGUUACACAGAAGCAGUGAAGGAAUAUGAUUCAAUUUCAAGAUUGGAUCAGUGGUAUACAACAGUAUUGUUACGUAUAAAAAAGCAAAUUAACGAUAAUCCGGAUUUGCGCUGAUCAGUUGUUUCCUAUUUGUGUUAUCUUCUGGCAACGACAUUAUUUUCAGACCAUGCGUAUUUCUUAUUGAGCCACGCUCUACUUUCAGUAGAAACAAUAAAGUAAUUUUGUUUUUAUAUCCGGAUGUGUAAUCGCCCAUAUUAUAUUGCUCCCUCGUGCUUUCAACAAUUUUUGUUAUUUAUCUCUUUGUAUCUUUUAAAUCAUUAAGAAUAUUCAUGAAAUCGUGGAGAAUCACGAUAUGCAAGAAUGUGAGAGACGAUUAUUUCAAACGUCGUAAUUCUCAUGAUUAUUUUUUAUUAAUAUAUAAUAAUGAAAUGUAUAC